UUAACAGCCCUUUCCUUGAUCUAUGUGCCAUUAAAGAGUAGAGUCCUUAGCAGGAAGAGAUCAGAGAUGAGGAGCAUCACCUUCUGUGUUUCAUUCUUGCUAUCUACUUUACUGCUUCAUCUAUGUUUGUACUAUGAGGUGGCUUCCGGUGAUCAAAUUAUUGGGUCCGAUAGGAAAGCAUUAGAAAUAACCACAGGUGGUUAUGGUGGCGGCUAUUACCCUGCUUCACCUCCACCCCCGGAGCAUUGUCCUCCUCCUCCUCCUCCCCCUCCUAAACCCAUUUGCACCACACUGCACCGGCCUCACUCAUCAUCAUCACUCACCACUGCCGUACUCCUGCCUCUCCGCUAUCCCGAACUGAUGCUGUCCCACACACAUCACCUCCAAUCGACCCACUGUGUGCCGGGUUGUGAGGUUGCGGCGGUAGCGCAUCAGUUACAGGUUUUCAGGACGUGGACGGGAUACAGCUGGAAGGGCUUAUUUUGUGACGCACAUCCGGACUUCAAUCAACAAGCUCUUGCUGCAGUGGACUUCAAUGGCUUCAAACUUGGCCGUAAGGACGGCGGCAGCCUCCCUCUCUAUGGCUUCAUUGACGAGUUACCAGAUAUAACCGUGUUCCACGCAAACUCCAACAAUUUCACCGGAAGCGUUCCCAAGAAGGUCAUGACCCUAAAGUACUUCUUUGAGCUUGAUCUAAGCAACAACAAGUUAUCCGGCCAGUUUCCAAUGGAAGUUCUUGGAGCCACACAAUUGACGUUCUUGGACCUCCGGUUUAACUCCUUGUGCGGAACAGUUCCACCUGGAGUGUUCAACCUAGACGUGGACGUGAUCUUCAUCAAUAACAACAACUUUGUGCAAAAGCUUCCUGACAAUCUUGGCUCCACGCCAGCUCUUUAUCUCACUUUUGCCAACAACAAGUUCACGGGGCAAAUCCCACGAAGCAUUGGCACUGGCAACACUUCAGAAAAUCUAAUUGAGGUGCUCUUCUUGAACAACCACCUCUCGGGAUGCUUGCCACCCGAGAUUGGCCGCUUGAAACGGGCAACCGUGUUUGAUGUGAGCAUUAACUGGUUGACAGGUCCAAUACCCCAGUCAUUUCAGUGCCUGACCAAAAUAGCAUUGCUUAAUUUGGCUCAGAACCAAUUCUAUGGGGCGAUCCCGGAGGCCAUCUGCAAGCUACCUGACUUGUCUAAAUUCACGUUAUCAUACAACUACAUCACCGAAGUAGGCCCCGAAUGCAGGAAGUUGAUAGGAAAGGGAAUUCUUGAUGUUCGAAUGAAUUGCAUUAUAGAUCUUCCAAAUCAGAGAUCAAAGGAGGAAUGUGCUAAAUUUUUUGAAAAGAACGAGUACCACACCUGCCCCAACGAAAAGAUGUAUUCUCACCACAUUCCAUGCAAGAAUAAGCAUUAUUCAGGUUCCGAUCAUCAACCAACGGUUGCAGCCACUUCGCCAUUGUCCUAUGAUGCUCUUACACCGCAUAAGUUGUGAUUUUCAUGCCCGAAGUUGACUCAUUGACAGAUGGGUCAUCGGGGUGUCUUUAUUUAUUUUACGUCUAAAAUUGUUUUUUUAUGUACAAGCACCCAUUAUCUUGAAAAGAUGUUAAUGCAAAUCCUGUACCCCUGAGUAUUGCCAUUGCUGUUAGGGAAAGCUUGCUUCUUGUCCGUUAACUUAUC